GUAAAUCUCAACAGCUGAGAACAGAAACGUGCAGCAGAGGAAACAGCAAAACAACAGCACAUGGAUGACACAGUGAGCUCACAGACUGGUGCACAGGUGAACAGACUGUAUCCCUCACUGCCCACCACCCACAGAUUGGAGGCAUGUGUAUUGAACCGCUCCUCUCCAAAGAACAUGAACACUUUUGCUCAAGGUCCAGACCAUCUUCUGGAAAACACACAGGACGAAGGGAGUACUGCGACAAUGAAAGAGCAGAUUCGCAUUUUGGAAAUGCAAAAACAAGAACUACUUUCCAUAAACGAGAGGUGGGCAAAGGAGUAUCGAGUCAUGGUGCAGUAUUACAAAGAUAAGCUCCACAACCUAAAGACAUCAUUACCUCAUGAGAAUCACCAACACCCAAGUGCAGAAAAUCAUCCUCACGUUUGUAAACUCAAUGUUCUCAAGGAUAAGAUAAUAGCAACAGGAAGUGGUGAUGGUUUGGUGAAAGCCCAGAGUGAAGCAAGACAACUACAGGAGCAAAACCAGGCAUUGGCCAGAAGGUGGCGGCACCAGAAUGCAGAGAUUAUGAGGCUAAACAAGGCUUUGAAGGAAGUACUCGUGACAACUUCGUCCCAGGAAAUGAGCACUGAAACACUACAAGAAUUAUGGAAACACCAGGCUGACGUUUAUAAAGAAGACUUCCAGACAGAGAGGAAGGACAGAGAAGCUCUCAAACACAAGUACUUAGAACUGGAGAAAAAGUACAAGAAGGUCCGCAAUGAACUGUACGCCAUCAAAAGUCAGGUCACAUGUACUUCAACGUCACAGCCACAGUAUGAAUGUGCCUGCCCACACACAGGUUCAGAAGAGAAGGAACAAUCUACCUCCAACAAGCUGCAAAGACGCUACACUUUUAAAGACAAUCUAUAAAAAAAAAAAAAAAAA